UGUGGGCUUUGGUAACAAAAAGUCAACAGCAAUCUCCAUCGAUAUUAUUUUUGUCAUUUUCGCAAACACCGCGGCUGCACAGCUGCUGCUGUUCAAACUUACACGCUAUUCCUAUCCCAGCUACUUUCUUCUUUCCUUCUACCUUCCAACCUAGCUACUAAUAAAGUAACAGAUAAAAAUUUCAUAGCUUUUUUUUUUUUUCAAACUAAAUUUUGAGUGUUUUAUGAUCAGCUGAAGUUUGGACUUGGAUGAUGAUGAUGACGAUGAUUAUGAUGAGAGUGGGGGAAUGCUUAUUGGCCUUCUGGCUGUGGUGGUGUUGUAUUCUGCUCCUUGCUGCCGCUGCAUCUGUAACGGAUCCUUCCGAAGUUAGUGCAUUGCUAGCAGUGAAGAAGCAAUUGGUUGAUCCCAUGAACCAUCUCAGAAAUUGGAACGACGGGGAUCCUUGCACAUCCAACUGGACUGGACUUCUAUGCAAGGAUAAUCUUGGCAAUGACGGAUAUUUGCAUGUUCAGGAGCUUCAGCUGCCAAAUAUGAAUCUCUCGGGAACUUUAGCACCUGAACUUCUUCAACUUUCUCAUCUUAAAAUACUAGAUUUCAUGUGGAAUGAAUUGACGGGCAGUAUACCCAAGGAGAUAGGAAACAUCUCUACCUUAAGACUCCUACUCUUGAAUGGAAACAAUUUAUCAGGUUCUUUGCCAGAUGAACUCAGCUACCUCUCAAAUCUGAAUAGACUUCAAAUAGACGAGAACAACCUUUCUGGUCAAAUACCAAAAACAUAUGCUGAUUUGAGCAGUAUCAGACAUCUCCACUUCAACAACAACUCACUUAGUGGCCAAAUUCCCCCUGAGCUGUCUCAGUUAUCCACUUUGCUUCACUUGCUUUUGGAUAAUAAUGACUUAUCAGGAGAUCUACCACCAGAAUUCUCAAACAUGCCAGAGUUGCGCGUACUUCAGCUUGAUAACAAUAACUUCAAUGGAUCUGUUAUUCCAGCUUCUUAUGGGAACUUUUCCAGAUUAGUGAAAUUAAGUCUUAGAAAUUGCAGCUUGCACGGAGCAGUUCCUGAUCUUAGCAGGAUGCCUGACCUUUCCUAUCUGGAUCUCAGCCAGAAUCAUCUUACUGGACCCAUACCAUCAAAUAAGCUUUCAGAUAAUAUGACAACCAUUGAUCUUUCAGAUAACCAUCUAAACGGAUCUAUCCCUGGAAGUUUCUCGGACCUUCCUUCACUUCAGACUCUAUCACUCGAGAAUAAUUUUCUGACAGGUUCUGUGCCUACCAACUUUUGGCAGAACAUGUCCUUCAGUACAAGUGCUAGACUUAAGCUUGAUCUCAGAAACAAUUCAUUCUCAAGUAUUGAAGGAAAUCUUAAUCCUCCGGUGAAUGUUACCUUGAGGCUUGGAGGCAAUCCUGUCUGCCAAACUGCGAACUUACUGAAUAUAAGCCUGUUCUGUGGAUCUGAAUCCGGAGAGGAAGAUAUGCUUACAAACUUGAAUAACUCAACAGCAAAAUGCCUAAUUCAAGCAUGCCCAACAGACAAUUUCUACGAAUAUGUCCCAGCAUCUCCUGUUCCAUGUUUCUGUGCAGCACCUCUUAGAAUUGGAUAUCGUCUAAAGAGCCCUAGUUUUUCUUAUUUUCCUCCAUAUAUCCAGCCUUUUGAGGUGUACUUGACUAUUUCUUUGAACUUAAGCCUAUAUCAACUGUCAAUUGAUACAUAUAUUUGGGAAAAAGGACCACGUCUGAGGAUGUAUUUGAAGCUUUUUCCUAGUAUCAAUAAUAACCAUUCAACUUUUGACGUUAGCGAAGUUCAGAGAAUCAGAGACAUAUUUACAUCAUGGGCUUUUCCUGGUAGCGACUUGUUUGGACCAUAUGAGUUGCUCAACUUCACUCUACAAGGACCUUAUGCAGAUGUGAACUUCGAGAAUGAAAGUAAGGGUAUUAGUAAAGGCAUUUUGAUUGCCAUUGUAGUCGGGGGUGUUGCCUGUGCUGUUGCAAUGUCUAUUUUAGUAACAAUUCUAAUAACAAGAAGACAUGUUAGAAACCACCGUGCAAUGUCAAGAAAUCGAUUAUCUACAAGGGUUUCUAUGAAAAUUGAUGGAGUGAAAGACUUUACGUUUAGAGAAAUGGCACUUGCUACUGACAACUUUAACAGCUCAACUCAAGUUGGACAAGGAGGAUAUGGAAAAGUGUAUAAAGGCACUUUAUCUGACAAAACAGUAGUUGCUAUAAAGCGUGCACAAGAAGGAUCAUUGCAGGGACAAAAGGAGUUUUUGACAGAGAUAAGGCUUUUAUCGAGGCUGCAUCACCGGAACCUAGUUUCAUUGGUUGGAUAUUGUGAUGAAGAAGGGGAACAGAUGUUGGUAUAUGAGUUCAUGCCCAAUGGCACCCUGAGGGACUGGCUUUCUGCUAAAGCUAAAGAAAGCCUAAAUUUUGGAAUGAGAUUACGUAUUGCACUGGGUUCAGCCAAAGGAAUUCUUUACCUCCAUACUGAAGCACAUCCUCCGGUAUUCCACCGAGAUAUCAAAGCAAGCAACAUUCUUCUGGACUCCAAGCUUAUUGCCAAAGUUGCUGAUUUUGGUCUCUCACGGCUAGCUCCAGUCCUGGGAGAAGAAGGGACUGUGCCAGAUCACGUGUCCACAAUUGUGAAGGGAACACCAGGUUACCUUGAUCCAGAAUACUUUUUGACCCGUAAGUUGACGGACAAAAGUGAUGUUUAUAGUCUUGGAGUCGUUUUCCUGGAGCUGUUGACGGGUAUGCAACCAAUAUCGCAUGGCAAAAACAUUGUCCGUGAGGUGAAUACGGCUCUUCAGUCGGACAUGAUGUUCUCUAUAAUAGACAGUAGAAUGGGUUCUUAUCCAUCUGAAUGUAUAGAGAGAUUCGUAGGUUUAGCCCUCAGUUGUUGCCAAGAGAAGCCAGAGAAGCGGCCAUCGAUGUUGGAUGUGGUAAGGCAGCUAGAAAACAUACUGAAAAUGAUGCCAGAAAGUGAUUCGGUUUAUUCAGGAUCCAUUUCCUUAAAUUCUGGCAAGGCAAUGCCAUCAUCAUCGUCCAAUAGUAGCAGGGAGCCAUAUGUCUCAUCUUGGAAUGUUUCAGGAAGUGAUCUGAGCAGUGGCUUUGUUCCUUCUAUCACACCUCGCUGACAGGCAUGUACCUGACUGUUCAUUGUUGCUUCGCCUAGUGUUUUUGGUGUAAGCAAGAGAUGAGUGAAAAAUGUUGUGUAAAUAUAGUAGAUGUUUUUCCAGUUGGAGAGGACUUUUAGUUAUGUUUUAAGGACUGAAACAGUGAGUACGUAUUAAAUAUAUACAAAUAUAGAAGCUUAUAACUAAGAAUAAAGCAUAUUUUCAAUUAUUAUUAUUUUAAUCCAAUCAAAAUUGAUCCCUCACCCUCACCGAUUCAUUGACCAAAAAACCAUUAUUUUAAACGCGUUUUUCCACUCUCUACUCUACUGUUUUUAUGAUAAUUAGUAAGUAACAUAAUAAAAAAAAUUUUAAUUUUGGAUGGCUCAGA